AUGAUAGAUGUUAAUGAUAUAAUAAAAGAAAUAAUUUACAGAUCAGCUGAUGAAUGUAAUUUUAACAAUGAAGAACUUAAUUUUCAGAGUAUUUUGAAAUUUUUCUAUGAUAUAACAAAUAAGUACAAAGUAAAUAAACAAUUAUCAGAUGAAAUACUUAAUAAGUUAUUAAUUAUAUGUAAAAAUAUAAUUGAUGAUAACAGUUAUAAAUUUGGAAAUAAUAAUAUUGAUGAAAAUUUAAGUGAAGUAAAUAUAAACAAUUCUACUGAUUCUCAAAUAUAUGAUAAACUGUCUAAUUAUCAGAACUAUGAUUAUCUGCCAACACUUCAUAUAGAAAAAAAUGAGAAAAAAAAAUAUAAUAGUACAGUAAAAAAUACUUUGUUACGUAAAAAAGAAAAUGAGGAUUUAAAUAUAUAUCAUUCUAGUAAAACUAAUAUGAAUAUUUUUUGUCUUGACAAAAAGGAGGAAAAAAUAAAAGUUUAUAAAAGACUACAUAAUAAUGAUAGUACUAUUACUAAAUUAGUUGUAAAUGAAAAAUCAUUUCUUCAUAAAAACAAUAAAAACUUGUUAAAAAUAUUUUUAAAUGGAGAUAUAAUUUAUAAUGUAUACAAUAAAAUAAUAAAAUACAAUAAAUAUAAUGAUGAUAGAAACGUAAAAAAAAAUAAAAUGAAAUUAUAUAAUAAAAGUAAUGUAUUCUAUACAUAUUGUACAUUAAAAAAAUAUAUGUAUGGAUGGUUGAAUUAUCACAAAAAGCAAAAGACAUUAGAAAAAAAUUUUUUGAAAUUUUCUAAAAUAUAUAAUAAGAAGCUAUUAUCUAAGUAUUACGAUUGUUGGUGUUAUUACAAUGAAAAGGAAAUAUAUUUGAAAAGCGUUUAUGAAAAAUUGCUUAUUAAAAAGAAAAAAAUCAUAUUGGAAAUUUUUUUUAAUAAAUGGAUAAAUAAAUAUAGAAAAAAAAAAAAAAAACAUUUUAUUUAUUUUAUUCAUAUAUUUAACGAAUGGAAAAAUUAUGCUAAGAAGAGAAAAAAAUUAAAAUUAAUUAGAAGCAAAAUAGAACAAAAAAGAAGAAAAUGGUAUUUAAAUUUAUGGAAAAAUAAAUUUAAUAAAAAGAAAACAAAAAAAAAAAAACAUAAUGAAAUUAAAAAUGUCUACAAUAAAAACUUAUUAAUAAAAUGUUAUGUUCAUUUAAUUUUAUAUUAUAAAAAGAAAAAAAUAGAACAAAACAAUUAUAAUGUGAUUUAUAAUAAAAUGAAGAAUAAAUUGUGCCACAAAUAUUUUUAUUUAUUAGUUGAAAUAUAUAAGGAAGAAAUAUAUUUUAAAGAAUACUAUAAUAUGUAUUUAGAAAGGGUGAAAAUAUAUUUUUUGAGAAAAUUUUUUUGUAUUUUAAGAGAUUAUAUGAUAAAAUGUAAGAAGCUAAUUAAGUACUUUAAUAUUUUAGAUAAAAAAGAAAAAAAAUAUAUGAUAAAUAAUUACUUUGUUAGAUGGAAGAAUAUACAUAAAGAAAGGGUUAAAACUAAUGAAUUGUUAAAAAAGUGUAACGAAAAGAAAAAUUCUUCUAUUUUAAAAAAAUAUUUUUUUUAUCUAAAAAAGUACAAAGAUAAAACCGUAAACUUAAAAAAAAAAUUUUUAUACUUAUAUGAAAAAAAAAAUAAAGUAGAAAUACAAAAAAUUUUCAAAAAUUGGAAAAAUUAUUAUUCUAUAAAUUCUGCGAAAUACAUAUUAUUAUUUAAUAAGUAUAAAUAUAAACUUCUAAUAAAUUCCUUCAAUUUUUUACGUAGUUAUAAGAAUUAUAGGAUUAAAAGAAAAGAGCAAAUAUAUCAUAUGAAUAAAUAUUUUCAUAACAAAUUGAAAAAAAGAGUUUUAAUUUAUUGGAAAUGUUAUAUAUCCAAAUACAGAAAAAACAUUCUUAAUUAUUAUAACUUUUGUGAUAAAAGUAAUAUAUUUGUAUUUUUUAUUUUAAAAUUAUUACAUAAGUAUCAGAUAAUUACUAGAAAAUAUAAUUGCAGAACAUUUUUUGAUUUUGUAAAUUUUUCUAAUAUUAAUAUAAAUAUUAAUAGUUUGAUUUAUAUACAUAAAAAAUAUUUUACAAAAAAAAAUAUAUCUCAGAAUACCAAUAUUUUUUAUGAAAAUAUAACGUAUGUUUAUAAAUCUUUAAAUAUCAUUUUUUCUUUUAUUCCUGUUUUAUUUGUCGUUAAUAUUAGUAAAUUGAAAUUUAAUUUACCAUAUAUAUCAUUUUCUAUUAAAAUGGCUAUAUAUAAAUGCGUAUUUGACACAUGGUUAUCCGAAAGUAAAAGUAUAAAAAACUUCAAAAAUGAAUUGAAAAAAAAACUUUUAAAAAUGUAUUUUAUUAGUUUUUUUUUGCUUGUUCAAAAAAAAAAAAAAUUGAGUAAAAUAAAAUGUGACUAUAACUUUAGCAAAAAACUAAUUCUUAAAAGAAAAAUUUUUUCUACUUGGCAUUUUUUACGUAUAAAAUAUUUCAGUUUUAGAAAAAAUUUUCAAAUAUAUGAUCGUAAUAAUAAGCAAAAAAAAAUGAAAAAGAUAUUAUUAGGCUGGAAGGAUGUAUCAAAACAAAGUAGUUUAAAGAAAAAGAGAAUUGUUCAAUUUUUUAAAAAUUUGUUAAUGAAAAAGAAGAAAAAAUGUUUUGAUAUUUUGCAUAAUAAUGUUAACAAAAGCAAAGAAAAAAAAAUAAAAUAUAAAAUAUCUAAUUUAUAUUGUAUGAAAAAAUAUAAGAAAAAAGCAUUCAAAGCCUUAUACAUAUACGCAAAAAAUAUAGUAUAUUAUAAAACAUUAAACAAAAUAUCAGAAACUUUUUUGAAAGGAAUGUGUAUAAUUAAAUGGAAAAACAUAACAUUGCAUUUUCUAAAGGAGAAAGAGGAAUUAUCAAAUCGUAUUAAUUAUUUUAAUUUAAAAAUUCAGAGAAAAUUUUUUAAUAUAUUAUUAAUUUAUGUUCAUUCAAAUCAAUUAAAAAAAAAAAAGUUUUUACAAUAUAAAGAAAUUCAAAGUAAAAUAUGGUUGUAUAAGUAUUUUAAUGAAUGGAAGAAAUAUAUAAAAAUAAAACAAAAUAAAAAUUACUUUCUUAGAAAUAUAGAAAUUCUUUUUAAUAGCAAAAGAAAAUUGAAUAUUUUAAGUAAAUGGUACACAUUAUUUAUAAUAAACAUAAAAUUUAAAGAAGUUGAAAAAAUAAUUUCUAUGAAAUUUUACAUUUCUUAUUUCUCUAAAUUGUACUUGUAUAAUAAAAAAAUGAAAAGAAUUGAAUUUUUUUUAAAAAAUCGCUUAAACGUUAUGAUAUGUCAUAUGAUACUGAAAAAAUGGAAUUGUUAUAUUAGAAUUAAAAAGGUUAAAAAAGAAAUUUUAGAAAAAAAAAUAUUUUUAAUUAAAGAAAAAUAUUUUGAGAUAUGGAAAAUUAGAUAUAAAAAAGUAAGAAAGAGAAAAAUUGAAGAAAAAAAAAUAUACAAUGAUAGGCAAUUAAAAAACUUGAAUAUUUUAAAAAACAUAUUUUAUAAAUGGAAGAAAAAAUAUUUAGAAAAUAAAAAGAUAAAGAUAUUUGUAUGUGUAAUAAAUAAUUAUUUAUUAAAUAAAAUAAAAUUUAGAACUCUUCUUAUUAUUUACAAAAAUAAUGAGUAUUUUUCAAAACUGCAAUUAUUAUUAAAUAAUUUUUUAUUAGAUAAAAGCAUUAAAUUAAAAAGAAAUAUUCUGCAUAUAUUAAAAAGCAAUAAAAACAACAGAAUAAAAAAUAAAAAAUCUUUCCUGUUCUAUUGCAACAACUUGAAAAAGAGAAUUUUUACAAUUUUAAGAAUGUAUAAAGAAAAAAGGAUAAUUUAUAAAAAAAAUGUACAAAUAUUAAAAAAUAAGAUGAAAAGAAAAUUUUUUUAUUCUAUGAUUAAUUUUUAUAAUUUUAUUAAAAAAGUAAAAAUCAAUUUUUAUCAAAUUCAUAUAAAUGCUGAAUAUAAAAUGAAAAAGAAUUUCUUUACAAACUGGUAUAAAUUUUUGGUGAAAAGAAAAAAAGAAAGAAAAAUAAUUGAUAUGCUAAAAAAAAGAAGAGAAAAUAAAAUAAAGGAAGAAAUAUUUUUAAAAAUAAAAAAAAAAAUAAAUAAAAAGAGAAGGAUACUUAAUAUUUUUAAUAAAAUUGAUCAAUUAAUAAAAAAUAAAAUCUAUCAGUAUAGUAUUCAUAAACUUCAGAUAUAUAGAAAAUAUGUGAAAAUACAAGAGAAAUUGUAUUUAAAAUUAAGAAAACGAUUAAAUAAAAAAACUCUUGGUAAAUGCUUUGAAGUUAUGAAAAUUAUAAUAAUAAAAAAGAAAAAGAGAGAAAGAGAACAUAGUAUGAUUAAACAUUUUUAUGAAAAUAUGAUAAAAAGGAAAUACUUUAAAAUUAUUUUAGAAAUUUGUAAAGAAAAAAUGAAGAAGAAAAAUUACAUAAUUUUAAUAGUAAAUAAAAAUAAUAUAAUGUACUAUUUAAAAAGAUAUUUUGUUAUAUGGAACAAUUAUAUUAACAAAAAAAAAGAAUAUAAAAUAAUUGAUAAUUUAAUAAAAUUAAAAAAAAAAAAACGCAUUUUUUUCUUAUUAUUAUAUCUGAGAAUACAAAAUACCUACAACAAAAUUUCAGUUAUUUAUAAUAUUCAUACAUUAUUUUAUUCUAAACUUUAUAAAACACUUUCCUUUGAUCAAAUAAUCGAAUAUAAAAAUAACUGUGAAUGUAUAUAUAAGGAUGAUUAUAAAAGUUUGAAUAGAGUUUAUUUACAUAACAAUAAAAAUGAAAUAUCUGAAGGAAGUAAUUAUAUAUAUGCAUAUAAUGAAAAAUCAAUACAUAAUAAUAGUAUUAAUGCAUUAAAUAUACUUUUAAAUUUAAAGAAUUUUUUAAUUUUAAAUAAAAUAUAUGUUCAUAUGGAUAAAAAUGAAGAUCAAUUAAUUAUAAAGAAAUAUUAUAAGAAGAGUAAUAAUUUCAACUAUUUUUUGAAUAUGUGUUAUAUUUUAAGAAGAAAUAAUAUAAAUAGAUUAAUAUUAUGCUACAUAUUAAUGUAUGACUUUUAUGACAUUUAUAACUUUUUCAUACAUUUUAAAAAAAAUUUUAAAAUUUUAUAUAAUUAUAUUUUUAAUUUAUUAUCAGUAAAAACAAAAAAAUUAUUAUUAAAUUUUUUUAAGAAGAAUACAUCACUUUAUUUUAUCAAAUCAGUUAGUGUGAAAGAUAAAGAAAUAAAUAGAAAUUUUAAAAUGCUACUAUUCAUUUAUUACAUAUUCAAAAGUUCUUUAAUACUUAAUAAGAAUAAUAAAAGCGGAAAUUAUUCAAACAUAAAUUAUAUUACAAAUCAUAUCUUUAUUAAUGAAGAGGAUAGUUUAAAAAAAAAGCUGAAAGAAAAAGAAAGUUGGAAAAAAAAAAAAGAUAAUAAAAUAAAAAAUGUUAUUUCUAAAAAAGAAAUUACCAACAAAAAAAUUUAUAGAGAAAAUAAUCAGGUAAUAAAUAUAAAUAAUAAUGAUGAAUUGUACUCUUUAUAUGAAAAUAAUUCAUUAGAUAUGUGUUGUAUGCCAUGUUAUUCAUAUUCAUCUUCUUUAUCUUCAACCAUUAUUAAUAAUAAAAAAAAUGAUGAUAAAAAAAAUUUGAACAUUUUACCAAUAGAAAUGAAAAAUAAUUUUAUAAAAGAUUCUUUUAAAAAAAAUAUGAUAAUUUUUUUUAAGAAAAUACAAAAUUGUAUAUUAAAUAAUUUUAGGAAGAACAAUUUAAAUAUAAAUUUUUCUUUCUUGUUAAGAAUGAACAAAGAUAAAUUAAUUCAAAUAUAUUUGUUUUUUAAAAAGUUAAAAAAAUCAAUGCUCAUGUGGAAAGAUUACAGUGUAAUUAAAAAAGAAAGACAAAAGGUAGAUAUUAUAAAAAUAAAUAAAAUUAAAGAUAAUAUUAAAAAGGAAUUACUAGAAAAGUACUUUGGAGUAUGGAUACUAUCAUUUAAUCAAAAGGUUAAAGAAAUUAAAACAAAAAGAAAAAAAGUAUUAAGGAAACAUAUACAUUUAAUUUUUAUUUACUGGUAUAAACUUAUUAAAGUCAGCAAUUAUGAUAAAACAAAAUUUUAUGAAUUAAAAGAAAAGAGUGAAAAUAGAUUAAAGGGUAUUUAUUUUAAAAAAUUCAUUAUGUUCUAUAAAAAGAAAAUUAAAGAAAAAAAAAGUUACGAAAUUAUAUUGAAACAUAAAAAUAGUAAAACAAAGCAAUGCUUUUUUUAUGUGUGGUUAUUACUAUAUCAAUAUGAGAAGAAAAUUUUUUUUUUAUCUAAAAAAAUUAAUUCAAGAUUGUUAAGAAUGUUCUUCUUCAGAUGGCAAUAUUUAUAUGAAGAUAAGCAAACAUAUAUAAAUUUUUGUAAUGUAUUAGAAGAGAAUUUUUUGAAAAAAAUAUUUAAUUAUGUAAUUCAUAAAUUUAAAUAUUAUCAAUUUAUUAAGAGGAAAAAACAUUCUUUGCAAAAAAAAUACUUUUUAAUAUAUUAUAAUAUAAUUAAAAAAAAUCGAAUUUUUAAUAAAUUACAAAUAUAUAUAUAUUCUUCAUUACAAUACAAAAAGUUAAGUUAUAUAUUUUUCUUUUGGUAUGGUAGAUAUAAAAAAAAAAGCAAUUGUAAAAAAAGCUAUUUAGAAUUUCUAUUAAAAAAAAAAUACUACUUUUUCAAUAAAUGGAUAUCUAAUUUUGUAGAAAAUAAAAAGAUAUAUAGUAAAAAAAGAGAACAAUUGUGUAAGUUUUUUUUGAAAAUGUACUGGGGUAAAUGGUUAACUUUUUAUCGUUAUAAAAAAUUAAAAAAUAAGAAGAAUAAAAAUUUAUUAAAAUUUCAUUAUUUUAAAUUAAGAAAGAGAUAUCAAAUAAAUUUGUCAGUUAAGGCAUUUAUAGAUAAAAACAAUAAAAAGUUAGAAAAUACAAUAUUUACUGCUUUAAAGGAAUAUAAAAAUUUUAAAAAAAAUAGUAAGAGUGCUAAGGAAUAUUGUAUAAAAUAUAGCAAUAAGUGUAUUUUAACAAAAUUUUAUUACAUUUGGUCUAGAGAAUAUAAUAAAUUACAAAAAAUAAAAAAUGUUAUGAAUCAUUUAAUUAUAAUAAAUAACAAGAGAAAUGUAAAAUUAAUCAUUAAUUACUGGUUGCUAUAUACAAAAAAGAAAAAGAAUCUUAGAAAUAUUCAUGAUAUAAUUAAAUAUAAAAAUAAUAAGAUUAUUAAAAUUAUUUUUUAUAUGUGGAAAAAUCUAUUUUAUUUUAUGAUACGUCAGAAAUACAGAAUUAAGCAGAAAUAUUUUAACACUUGGAUAUUUAAUUUUAAAUUCGUUUUUUUUAUAAAUAAAAUAAAUAUUCAUUUUUAUAAUAUUUAUCAAAACAACAUAUUUUAUUUUUAUUUUAUUUUAAAAAAGAAAAACGAAAAUUAUAAUUUACUUCGAAAUGGUUCUUUUUUUUUUAUAAAAAAACAAAUAAAGAAUUUUUUAGAUUAUAAAAAAAAACUUUUGUAUAAAAUCUUUACUACUUUUAAUACCUACACGAAAAAAAAUACCACAUUAAGACAUUUGCUUGAAAAAUACAAAGUAAAAGUUAUGAACAAUAACAAAAAAAGAUACUUUUUGAUUUUAUUAAAAUAUAAAAAUAUAAAAAAGAAAAAAGAUCACUUGAAUAAUUUGUGCCUAAAAUAUAUUAUAGAAAGAAAAUUUUAUAUGUAUAAAAAAUAUUUCUUCAUAAUUAUAAAUUUAUAUUUUUACAAAAAUCAUUUAAAGUUAUGUGAAGAGACAAUUGAAGCUAGGGGAAACAAAAGAAUACUAAAUAUCUAUUUAAAUAAGUGGAUAAACUACAAUAUUUAUUGUAAAGAAAAUUUAUUUUUACAAAAUGCAUGUGAUAAUUUUUUAGCUUACAGAAGGAAGUGUGAAUUUAUAAUAUCUUUAAAGCAGUUUUAUAUAGAGAAUAAAUGGAAGAAUUAUUGUGAAUAUAAUUCUCUAAUUUUUUAUAAAAAAAUUCAAGAAAAUACUUUAAUGAAACUAAUAAGGUAUUGGAAUAAUAGAGCGCGUAAUUAUUUUGAAAAGAAAAAAAAAGUUGUUGACCUUAAAAAAAAAUAUAAUUUCAAUUUAAUGAAAAAAUAUUUCUUUCUCCUAAUUUUUUCUAUUAACAAAAUAAAAAUUGAAAAAAAAAAUUAUGAUAUAGUUAUUUUUAAAAAAAAUAAAGCAAUAAAACAAAAAUUCUUUAAUAAGCUUUAUGAUAUUGCUAUGAAAAAUUUAAAUCAUUAUGAUAAUAUAAAAAAAAUAAGUGAUAAUUAUAUGCGUAAACAAAUUUUAAAAAAACAUUUUUAUUCUCUAUUUCAUUUUUUAAAAAAAAAAAAAGUACUUAAAAAUAAUUUUCUUCAGAUUAAAAAAAUAAACAGCAUUAAUCUUAUUAAAAGAUAUUUUUAUAUUUUUAUUUUUAAAUAUGUCAAUAAUAUUAAUCAUCAUAAGUAUUAUUAUUAUAAUAAAUAUUUGUCUAUUUGGAAAUAUUAUAUUAUUAUAAAAAGAAAUAAAAACAAAAAUGACAAAGAAGAAACAGAAGAUGAAGAUGAAGAUGAAGAAGAGGAAGUGAUUGAAAAUUACGAUGAAAUCGAUUACUCUGAUGAAGGAUUUGAAGAAAAUGAAGAUGAAAAAGUUGAACAAGAUAAGCAAAAAAAAGAUAUUCAUGAUGAGAAAAAAGGUGAUCUUGAGAAAAAUAUGAAAGAAUUUAAAGAAAAUAGGAGCUUAUCUUCUGAUGAUAAUAUAUCAAAUGAUUCUUCAAAAUCUACAUUAAAAAAUAAAUAUCAUUCACAUAAAAACGAUAUGAAAAAUGUAAAAGAAAAUAAUGUUAUCAAUGGAAACGAAAUUUCUAUUAAUAGUUAUUUGGAUUCAUCAUCUGAAACAAGAUAA